UUCUAGAGAAAGCAUUGUUCGCCAAUGUGGUCAUGUCGACUGGUACUUUCCGCUGUGUACGGCUGGACACCGGAUUCUCGCUUCAUCUACAACCACACCAGUAAGCAUCCCACUGGUACUUAAGCAAAGAACCCUCUGGUGUCGUUCUUGAGGUGCAGCGCACAACCUCGUUAAGGCCAUUUUCUCGUUAAUUUGAUCCUGCACGGUAGGUUGGGUUUCAGCUCAAGGGUUGGGUUUUGGUGGCCGUGAAUGCGAGUUAUUCGGCUCCUUCGGUGUGCCAGAAUUGUGAGCCUCACGAGGAAACGUCGAGUGUAGCACAAGAUGAAGGUCUCCGAACAUGCUGAAAAAAUGAAGCUCUUCAGCGACGUGGGCUUAAAACCUGAGGUGAGGGCGUCGUAUGAGCACGCGGAGCAAUUGCGGGCUGUCAAUAGCACGAAGCUGUUGCAAGAGAGUCCUCUGUAUGCAGAAGAUGAAGAGGAGGACUACCCGCUGGGGCUACACCGCCGGCGCCCUUCCACACCUCAGGACUACACCUUGGCCAUCGAUUACACAGCUUCAAAGACGGUCAAUUCUCUGAUUGACAAAUGCAAGCAUUUCCAGUGCGUCUCCUCACUGUACAAAGAAGAGAGUCAUGAGCUUUUAUCCACGCUUGUGGGACUGCACGAGAUUCUCCAAAUCAUUCUCGGACUUCCCAAUCUUUGCAGGUACCAGGAGGUGUUGGAGGACAUUAUGCUAUACUCUACUAGGGCAUUCGCGUUCAUGGAAAAACUUUGUUACCUGCAGUUGCCGAAUUCCAAUCACGGCGUCCACAAGUCUGCAAUGAAGAUAAGCGAGUAUGCGUGCCGAUUCUACAACCAAACAGUCAGAUUGUGCGAAAAGUAUGAAACGAGUGACGAUCACCGCAGGUGUAUUUCGUCUAGGGAAGAGCGACCAUCAUUUGGUGUAACCACUUACCGGGUGCCGAUUGACAAUGUCGCCGAUAGGUUGCUCAAGAAGAGGCACGUCCGAAUUCCUUUAGUGGAGUUGGAUGGAAAAUCCGCAUAUAAUGUGGAGCUCUCCUACCCUCGCUCAUGGUUCUCGAAGGACGUUGCCAUGAGUGCCAAGAUUGAAAGCAACGACCGUGGCUUUUCCCAAACACUCCAGACUGGACGUGUGAAAAUUGAGAAGGGAAGUUGGGGAUGGGAGGAGGCGCAAGACACUAUUUUAGUUACGUACGACGAUCUUGUGGUGGCUAAUGUGGCUGCAGUCUCUGGAAGCUUGCUCUCAUUUACCAAGCAAUCUAGAACGAAGGAGAACCAGUCUGCGCAGAAGUACCGAACCAGCAUCCAGAUCGUAGGGUCCAGUAGGAUCGAUCUCGAUCUGCAGAAUCUAUUCAUCAAAGGGGUGAAGGACAAAGAUUGCGUCUACUACAAGUGCUUUGUGAAUAUGAGUGGGCUUGAGGAAGUUCUUGGUAUCUAUCGGUAUCAGCAGAAGCAGUUCCUACCGGCGGAGGGUAUGCUUCACAUUGUUGGCCGAGGCAAUCAGCCCGGUCUCCGUCAUGUCCUCGUCGCCAUCUUCUCUUCUCUUGGGUUCACACCCUUGGCGUAAUCCAGCGCUCACCACUUACAUCGCAAUUCCAUCCUGCCGGUGAAUCAUGAAUUUGUACAGCGAUAAAACCAAGUAUUCCAACGUCUUCACAUGUGGAGGACUAGUAUUGAUAUCAGGAGACUAAUAGACUGGUGGUUUGUGAAUUUGAGAUUCUACCAGGGUUAAAGUCCCCCUUUUGGUCCACCCAUUGAAUCCUACCGGCUUUUCUUCGGGAGGUUCAGCAGACACGGCAACGAUUUUGAAAUCUUAGCAUACAUUCGAGGGAGCGCAGGAUAUGCCAAGCUCCCGCGACUCCAUUUUUCCAACCGCAUAACUCAGCCAGGCCCUUGCAGAAAGCUCGUCCGUGAAGUCCACCUUGUACAUCAUACAAACCACGUACUUUUAAAUUUCUUUUUUACGUUACACACGUAUCUUCUCUGAUCCUGCCAAUUGUGAAUUUCUUAAUUCAAUCGGCUGAUCGGCGUAGUUUUAAUUGUAAGUUCAGUCCUACGCAUCAUUGACAGAUCAAGUCUGUGACACGCGGGAGGACACUUACAUGCCAUGGGACUAGACCAGAGGAACCCUGCGGAUCGAUAAUAGGCCUUUUUUUCUCGGCUGCAUAGCACCGAGUUACGCAGGAAGUUACUCUUCAGCAGGUCUCUGUCAAGCAAACCGGAUGUCAAAUCUCGGCAACCCACUUCACUGACGUUUCAUGUCUCGUCGACACAUCAUGCUGGCAUACUUUUGCCCCAUUGGUGAUUGAGAUACAACACUCACGAAGUUUGCAAGAUGUAUGAUUGGUGGUAAUGAUAGUUUGAGGGGUAUAGUUAUGUAAAAAAUAUUUUUCUCACUUCGAGUUCAUUAAGGUUGAGUUAGUUUAGCGUUGGACUUGUAGAGACUUCUCCAGUUUUUUUACGUGUUCGUGCACACCAGCAUCGCUCUCGGCCCUGUUUCCGGGAACGAGCUGCUACCGGGUGUCUUUUCUCAACUCCGACGCUACAUUCAUUAUUAUUCUCUGUGGUUGAAUUAACCACCGAUCCAGUUCCACAGGCUCUGUGAAGGCUGUGUAUAAGAACACCUCACAAUUCAACAUUCUUUUUGGGGUACAAAAUAACAUGGAAUGUAAAUUGCAAUUG